GCAACAUUGUUGACGUUUUGACGUUUGAUAUUUUGCUAAACUCUCUUAAAUUUCUUUAAUUUAUAAGAAAAUAAGAACAAGAAUUUAUAAAUAUGCCUCCAAAAAAAGCUCCGGCAACCAGUAAGAAAACAGAAAUUAAGAAGAAAGAGAAGGUUAUUGAGGAUAAAACAUUUGGCUUGAAGAAUAAGAAAGGAGCAAAAACUCAAAAAUAUAUUGCCCAAGUAGAAAAACAAGUUAAGUCAGGAGGACAACAUAACUUGUUAGCAACUAAGCCAGAUGACAAGAAAUUGGAGAAGGAGAAAAAACUUAAGGACCAAAAAGAACUUGCGCUACUCUUCAAGCCUGUAAUCGUUCAAAAAAUCGGCGCAGACACUGAUCCCAAAAGUGUUCUCUGUGCGUUCUUUAAACAAGGUCAGUGUACGAAAGGUGACAAGUGCAAAUUUAGCCAUGAUCUUACAAUCGAACGCAAAACCGAAAAACGAUCGAUUUAUGUGGAUGUUCGUGACGUGGAAACUGAUGGAGAGACGAUGGAAAAUUGGGAUGAAACUAAAUUAAAAGAAGUUGUGGACAAGAAACAUGCAGCCGAAAAAACUAACGCAACAACAAUCAUAUGCAAAUAUUUCCUUGAAGCUGUCGAGAAAUCUCUUUACGGUUGGUUCUGGAGCUGUCCAAACGGAGAGAAAUGUAUUUAUCGACAUGCUCUUCCACCUGGUUAUGUGCUCAAAAAGGAUAAAAAGAAAGACGACAAGAAAGAUGAAAUUUCUCUUGAAGAACUUAUUGAAAGUGAAAGAGCUGCCUUAGGAUCAAACACAACGAAAGUUACACUAGAAUCUUUCCUUAGUUGGAAAAAGAGGAAAAUUGAUGAAAAGAUACAAGCACAAUUGGAGGAAGAGAAAAAGAAGAUGAAAGACUUUAAAAGUGGAAAACAAUUUGGUAUUUCUGGACGUGAAAUGUUCAGUUUCAAUCCUGAUUUGGUUCAUGAUAAUUCGAUGGAUGAUGAUGAACAAGCUAUUGAUAUUGUUCGCGAGAAAGAUGAAAAUGAUCAUGAGUUUAAAGAAGUUGAUUUUAGUGCUUACAAUAUGGGAUUGAAAGAAGUUGAUGGAACCGGUACUAUAGCAACAGACGAUCGGUUUGAUAAAAUGAGGGAAUCAGUGAAAACAGCAAACGAAACACCGAGCUCUGAAACCAACGGCGAUGAAGCUGCAGGAACCACAAUUAUCGAUGAAGCCGGUCCAAUAAAUGAAAACCUAUUUCUUAAUGAAGACCUUGAUGGGCUUGAUGAUGAAUUGAACGAUUUGGAUUUGAAUUAGAUUCUAACUCACUGGAAUAUCAUCAAAAGUAAUUCAAUUGUUAUAUUCAAUAAUAAUAUUGGAUGAGAAUAAAACUUUUAAACUGAAAUCAAUUUGAAAUUGCUACGAUUCUCUUACG